CGACCUCCAGCUGAAUUCUUUCUAAAGCUCAAUCUCGUACUUCACCUUCAUUGUCUGAAUCAAAGUUAUUAUUAUCCCAUUUAUUAUUGUCGCUCAGCGCACGUGUCACCUUCCUUCAUCUCGGCCGUCCCUUAUCCAAGCCUUUGCGGGCGGAACAAUUGCCCGCAAACCGGAGAUGGUCACACCACCCAUGAUUCCGAAGUAUUAGCCUCUUUUCGAGGCACGUCUGGUCAUUAUCAUCCUCUGUUGUGGUCCAUCAUCCUCUGAGCUGCUUACUGGGACAGACUGCUAAGGUCAACUUGGCAAGUCCGCUGUGUCUCGUGUGCUCAAGGCUCGAUACCCAACUAGGACAUCGACUUCAAGUCCUACCUUCUAAUCGCUUCCAUGCUCUCGGUCUUGGUUUUUCUUUCGAUUAUCCGACUAGCCAGCGCCAUCGCUUGGGGCGUUAUUCUCGACCCUACUGCGACGAAGAACAAUAAUUGGGUUUUAGUGCAGUUCACGUACUUUCAUCUCCAUCUAAUCAUUCUGGGCUUGCUGACGAACAAGACAGGGUAACCGUCCCUCCCCCUCCCCCUCCCCCUCCCCCUCCCCCAGCAACCGUGACAACCGGACCUUGGUUCUUCUGGGCCGGUCUGCAGCCCGGGCUCCAGUGUGGAGCCCUGGGUGUCAUACAGCCUGUGUUGGAGUGGAGUGAGUACUCAAAUUGUGCGAUGAAUGACAAUCCGGGGUUUGCGGAGGCUUGGCAGCUAGUACAAUGGACGGUGCCGUCGGUGAACCAUAACGAUAACCAAUCAGCUGUGUCGUGCGGGAUCUGGGUUGCGCAAGGUGACCAGAUCGCCAAUACGAUCUCUUUCACAAAUGGACAGUGGAGACAGACCAGUACAGUGGUGGCUGGCAGAGCGAAAGGGGCAAGUGUGAGCCAGACGGUGCAGGCGAGCAGCUUUUUCUGCUCUGCGGGGAAUGCGGCGUUUACGGCGAACUUCUUCAUCUUGGAAUCCGAACUAUACGGCGACAAUAUUUCCGCUUGGUCGUUCCCGGUGCAGUUCACGAACGUGAGCAUCACCGCCCAGACCUCGACGGGAGUGUCUGCGUUAUGUGGCUCGCAGAAGACGUUCUCUGAUGGAAAUGGGAAUGCGACGCUAGCGGGCUACUCGGUAUCGAGCGAUGGGCGAACAUGCAAAUGGACGAAUGUGACGUUGUUGCCUCCCUGAAUUGUGGUGCCGUUUUUUGAUGGACUUGAUUCGACUUGCGCUUCUUUUUCAAAUUUGCAAGGGAGGGACUCUGGUAUAUCAAGGACUAGUUUCAAUCUCUUCUAGAAUGCAAUACUGGACUGUUGUU